UGCUGGGAGCAGUGCAUGCUUUGUAGCUGGGAGAAGUGUUUUCUUUGGCUGGGAGAUCCAUUCCACAUUAACACACCGAAACCUUUCUGUCUGCAGUCUGGAUGGAGUUUGGAGAGAGGCUCUUCUGAGCUCCACCGAUGGAGAAAUGACAAAAAGUUGAACAAAAGCUCAAAACUUCUUUCUUUCUCUAGGGAUCUUUCCAGAAACAAGAUCAGUGCUUUAGAUGUCCAGAUGUUCAGAAGCCUGACUUCUCUGGCAAAAUUAGAUAUAAGCCACAACAAGAUUUCUACAUUAGAAGAAGGAAUAUUUGAUAAUUUAUUUAAUUUAAGUGAAAUAAACUUAAGUUGGAAUCCAUUUUUUUGUGACUGCAAACUUUCCUGGUUGCCCCGCUGGGUGGAAGACAGAAAAGUGACCGUUAUCCAGGCAUCAGAUACACGAUGUGCACACCCUCCUGGGGUGGCAAACCUUUCUCUCUUCAGUGUUUCGUUCAUCAAUGCUUCCUGUGGAGCUCAAUAUGUUACAUGUCUGACAAGCAACCACACGGGUGAGGCUGAACUUGUCAUCCUCUUCACAUCUUCUCACCCUGGGAACCUCACUGAGGAGACCUGCAGUGCCCUCUGUUAUGCUGAAGACCAGGAGUAUGGAGGUUUCAGCCCCCAUGGGCAGUGUCUGUGUGGUACUGCCCACGAACCAAACUCUUCUUCCAGUUGUUUGCUGUUUUGCACUGAGCAUUCAUCUGGGCAGGCCUGCGGUGACCCAUCCCUCAUCCACUUUCCCUUCCAGGCACAGCUGUCUGUGUCUUUCAUAGGACUCAAGCCCCGGUAUAGCCUACACCAGGCUGUGCUUUUCAAUAUCAGUAUUCCAAUUGCUGUCAGCACUUUAAUGUGGGAAUUUGGGGACCAAACAGAGGUUCUCAACACCACUGGAAAUGUAGCUGUCCACACGUAUACCUUACCUGGGCAGUACAAUGUCACUGCCACCCUCUUUGUGGGCACCAAAGUCUCGUAUGUGCAGGCAGAAAUUGAGGUGGUGGCUGCACCCCAACAGCUAGAACUGCAGUGCCCUUCCUUGAUCAAGACAAACGAGAGUCUGGACAUAAGGAUCCGCAACAGAGGUGGCACUGGCCUCACAGUGCUAUAUGGAAUCACAGCAGAGUCUGGAGAGCCUGGUAGAGCAGUUCACCCUAUGUGUCCCCACGAUGGCUUGGUCUUCCCGGGCAACAAUCACUGUUACCAGCUGGUGGUGGAGAAGGCUGAAUGGCUGGAGGCCCAGCAGCACUGCCAGGAGCAUGGCAAUGGAGAGCUGGCUUUUGUGAGCAGUCCCGAGAUCCAGAGCUUCCUGGUCACUCAUGUCAUCAGGAGCCUUGAUGUCUGGAUUGGAUUCAAUGAUUUUGCAAGCACUGAAGCACAGCAAAGCGACGAAGGAUUUAAUAUAGAGAGCUGUCAGAACUGGCUUCCAGGAGAACCCCAUCCAUCAAAUGCUGAUCACUGUGUCCGGAUGGGCCCAACAGGCCAGUGUAACACAGACCUGUGCAUGGCCAAGCACAGCUAUGUGUGCGAGUACAAGCCAAAAGGAGUUCUCUUAAAUGCUGAAAACUUCUUUGUGGGAGACCCUGUGUUUGACACACAUGUAGCUGCAAAAAACGUGAUGGAAGAUAUGCUGUCAUCUCCACUGCAAGCUGUGGAGGUGAUGGUGUUCCCUGAGCUGGCGUUCAGGCACGAGGGAUAUUUGUCUGCCCUGGAGUUUGUGACACAAGAGCUGCAUCAGCCCAUUCAAAUGAGGUUUCAGGUGCAUAGACCAGUAGAUGGAAAAGAGUACCAGGAAGGACAAAAUGCAACAGAACCAUUUCCUACUUCACAGGACGAUGGGAACUAUACUAUAGUUGAAUGUCCUUCUGGCUUCCAGUGGUGUCAUUUGACUAAUUUGUGCUCAUCAGUAAACAACUGCUGCAAUGCGACGGAGUGUAUCAACAGUUCUUUUGCCAGCAGCCCUAUCCCUACAUCCCCUCAGCACAAUGGCAGCCAGCUCAGCUAUGAACUCGUCAAGGAAUUUCUCUUUACAGUACCAGCUGGCCCUUCUACCCCUUAUCUGGUCACAUUCAGCAAAGAUGAUGUUUUUGUGAGGGCCAAGGAUGUCUUGAGUAUCCAGCACAAUGCAGACGUGGGCUCAUUCCUCCAGUGCCAACCAAGUACCACGUCCCCUUUCAGAACCAAUUUUUUCAGUACAAACUCUUCAGAUUGGGCACUUGGCCUCCCUGCCAGCUCCAUCGGUGCCACCUGGAUCCGUAACACUGUUUGCUCUCUCCGAGUUCUCUAUGCCAAGGAGCAGCUGGUCCCAAUAAUCAGCCCCCAGAACGCAGGGCUGGUGCAUCCAGGACUUUACACAGUCAGUGCCAGCGUGGACAAUGGGAUCUUCAGUGCCAAUCUGUCGUGCAAUUUCUGGGUUACUUCCCGGGUUUCAGGCCUGCGUGUUGUUCACCCAGCUCCUCAAGGUGGCAAGGUGUACGUACCAUCCGACCACAUCACCCUGGUGGUCAAAAUCUCCUCAGGAAUGAAUGCAACGGCACGCUGGCUAGGAGACAACCACACCUUCCCCUUUGAAGGGGCCUGCCCAGCGGCUAUUGCACCGCUGACAUCGGACUGUGCCAGAGAGAACAAUGACACCUGGUUUGCUGUGCUCAGCUUGAGCGGCCUCAAGGAGGGGGCAAGUACCCAUAUACUUGUUGCAGACAAUGCCAUCAGCUCCCAGAACAUCACCAUCACAAUAAAAGUGGAACAGCCUAUCCGUGGGCUGAGGGCCACCCCAGACCCUGAGAGCAGAGUGCUGCUAAAUACACGAGUGAGCUAUGUCCCUGUGAUGGAAGCCGGGUCAGAUGUGACUUUCCGAUGGACGGUAGAUGAUAAACCAUCUUUCACUUUUUACAAUGUUGUCUUCAACGUUAUCUACCAAAGCCCAGCUGUGUACAAGCUUUCGCUCACCGCCUCCAACCACGUCAGUAACUUUACAGUCAACUACAAUGUCACAGUGGAGAUGAUGAAUAAGAUGAAGAACCUGACUGUGUUGGGCAUCCCGCCGGUCCUCCCUCAGAACAGCACUGUGGAGUUUACAGCAAGAGUUCAGGUUGAUUCAGCUGUGGAUGCUAUGUUCCUGUGGGAUUUUGGAGACGGUAUCCAGGAGGCAUACCAGUUCACACCUCCCUACAACAAGUCUUUCCUUGUUCCUGAUCCCAGUGUCCACGAGGUUAUAAUUGAGCACAAUGUGUCACACAUCUAUGAAUACCCAGGUGAUUACAUCCUGGUGGUUCAAGUGUCAAACCAGUUUGAGAACCUCACCUGCUUGACCCCAGUUAGCGUCCACAGUUAUCUGGUUGAUGUGCAAAUAGAAACAGUGAAGGAUGUUUUAGUUGUAAACCGUUCGGUCACUUUCAGAGCCAUUCCACUGCCAUCUCCCUAUGGUGUCCUGUACACUUGGGACUUCGGGGACGGGUCCUCACUGGUGACAGAGAGCCAGUCUACAGUGACAUACAGCUACUCCAGCAGGGGGGUAUACAACAUCACUGUGUCAGCAAACAACACCAUAAGCAGUGUGGAGACAGUUGAGUGUUACCAGGUGUUUGAAGAGAUAACUGGGCUCCAUGUUUCAGCAGAUGAGGUGGCAGAGGUGGGUGCAACUGUAACCCUUAAUGCUUCAGUGCAGACUGGAGACAGUAUCACCUGGAUAUUUGAUAUGGGGGAUGGGACGGUGCUGAGGAGUCAGGUGCCAGUGGUGGAACAUGUGUACACAAAGGACAUCAACUGCACUGUGAAUGUGACAGCUGUGAAUCCUGUGAACUCCGUCUCCCAAAUCGUUCCUGUUUGGAUAUUUGUCCUGGAAGUACUCAAAAUAGACCCUACUUCUUGCAUUCUUGAGCAUCCAGAUGUGCAGCUCACUGCCUACGUGACAGGGAAUCCCAAUGAAUACAUCUUUGAUUGGACCUUUGGAGAUGGCUCAUCCAAUGUCACAAUCAGUGGGGACCCUGUAGUGAUGCACAACUUCACACGAAGUGGGACAUUCCCCUUGUCCCUGACUCUCUCCAGCAGGUUUAACAAGGCUCAUUAUUUCACCAGUGUAUGUGUGGAGCCAGAGAUAGUCAAUGUCACGCUUCUCCCUUCCAAGCAGUUUGUGAGGCUUGGUGAGGAGUGCAGCUUUCAGGUCAGUGCUAUGCCCCUCUACCAGUACCGAUACCGCUGGGAUUUUGGUAACAAUGAGUCCACUAGGUCGAGUGGAACUGAAGUGAGCUACAACUACAAGAGCACAGGGGUCUUCCUGGUUACUGUGACUGUCUCCAACAACGUCUCUUUCAACAAUGACACGGCGUUUGUGGAAGUCCAGGAGCCAGUUGGGGUAGCAAAGAUUGAAUAUAAUGGGACGAAGGUUUUAGAGCUGAGCCAGAUCUAUCUGUUCUCUGCCAGUAUGAAUGGAACCAAAGUGAAUUACUUUUGGGACUUUGGAGAUGGCAUUACCCAGCCUGGCCAAAUCACUACCCACUCCUACAACAAUACUGGCCAUUACACUAUUAGUGUGACAGGCCAGAAUGAUGUGAGCACUAAUGAAACCAGGAUGGACGUCACAGUGAAACGUCGGCUACAUGGGAUUACCAUCAAUGCCAGCAGGACAAUUGUGCCUUUAAAUGGUUCCGUGAGUUUUGUGGCCACGCUUGCAGCUGGCAGUGCCAUCCGCUACUCUUGGAUCCUCUGUGAUCGGUGCACUCCUAUCCAAGGAUCCUCCACAAUUUCCUACACCUUCCGCUCUGUGGGCACGUUCAAUGUCAUUGUGACUGCAGAGAAUGAGAUCAGCUCAUUGCAGGACAGUAUCUACGUCUACGUCUUGGAACAGAUUGAAGGCCUGCAGGUGGCUAGUGGUGACCUGGUGGAGGAUCUCUAUUUCCCAACUAACAAAACACUCCAUCUGCAUGCGGUGGUGAGAGAGGGAACAAACAUCUCUUAUAGCUGGAUAGCCCAAAAAGAUGGCAAUGCUGUGCAGACAUCCACUGGGAAAACCUUCUCCUUGAAUGUCUUAGAAGCCGGAAACUACACUGUCUAUCUGAAAGCUACUAACAUGCUGGGAUGUGCAACUGCCAACAAGACAUUGGAAUUCAUUGAAAGCCUUGGUCUUCUAAAGCCAUAUGCCUUCCCCAACCCAGUUGCUGUUAAUACAUCUGUUAACAUUAGUGCCACCAUAACCAGUGGCACUGGUAUUGUGUAUGUUUGGUACCUGGAGGAUGGCUUCUCUCCUGUUACAUCUGAAUCCUUUAUCAUACAUUCCUUCCAAAGCCCUGGAGCUAUGGAGGUUGUAAUUGGAGCAGAAAACAAGCUGGAUUCAACGAACGCAACAAUUAGUGUCUACGUAGAGGAGGUCAUAGAGGAACUGAGCAUAGGGACUGCAGAACUGGACUGUAGGUAUGUCUCAUCGGGCUCCACUGUGGUCUUUGAAGGAGAGCUGCAGAAGGGGACUGAAGUGACGUGGCUUUGGGAGGUACCGAAUGGCACACUGACAGGCCAGUCCGUGGCAGUCAUGUUCCCCACAGCAGGGUUUUACACAGUCUAUCUAAAUGCAUCAAAUGACAUCAGCUGGGCUGUAGCCAGCAGGAAUAUCUCUGUGCUUGACAGGAUUCAAGGACUGGAAGUUAUUGCCAGCAAGAAGGUGGUAGAGCCAGGUGAGCAGGUCACCUUUGUGAUCAGGAUGUCGUCGGGUACCUCUGUGAGUUACUUGGUGAGCAUAAGUGGGGACUAUUCCGUAGUGCUCAAUGGGUCCAAGUACACGCAUGAGUUCACCAAGAGUGGCGAUUAUCUGGUGACAGUGACAGUGCAAAACCAAAUCAGUAUUGCUCAUGCCCAGGUGCUCAUCUCGGUUCUGGAGGCCGUCCGUGGCAUCAGGCUCCUAAACUGCUGUGAGCGAGGCAUUCCCACAGGUACGGAGAAGAGCUUCAGUGCCCAGGUGGGGAGCGGCUCACGGGUGUUGUUCUCCUGGCAGUUCUCCCUGUGGAAGGAGCAGGGCCGCUCCGUGGUCACUGCAGCAGGAGAGAGUGUUUCCUACACUCCAGAAGCUGCAGGGCUGCUUGAGAUUCACCUCAGGGCCUUCAACGACCUGGGAGGUAUCAACAUCACCAGAACCAUCCAGGUCCAAGACCCGAUACUCCAAGUCUCCCUCACUGCCUCCAACGCCUUUGUCAAUAGGACAGCACUGUUUGAAGCAUCAGUGAUGCCCAGUGGCAGGGGUGUUGAGUUCAUGUGGACCUUUGGGGACGGCUCUUCCACUCAAAUGACCAAGGUUGCAGUGGCCAACUAUUCUUACCUGAGCCCUGGGGAUUACCUGGUGGAGGUGAAUGCCACCAACCUCAUCAGCUUCUUCAUAGCCCACCUCACUGUCACCGUCAAGGUCCUGGAGUGUGAGGAGCCGGAGGUGGAGCUGGCCUUGCCCCCUCAGGUGGUGAUGAAGCGGUCCCAGAGGAAUUACCUAGAGGCACAGCUCGACCUGCGGGGAUGCAUCAAGUAUCAGACGGAGCACCUAUGGGAGAUAUACCGAGCACUCAGCUGUCUGCACCUGGAUGACUCCAACAGGAUCCAUCUGCCAAAUGUUGAUGUGAACAGGCCGCAGCUUGUUAUACCAAAGCUUGCCCUGGAAGUUGGGAGCUACUGCUUUGUCUUCAUUGUCUCCUUUGGAGAUACUCCACUGUCCAAAAGCAUCUUUGCCAAUGUGACCAUGAUACCGAGUAAGCUGGUCCCAAUCAUUGAUGGGGGGUCAUACCGUGUAUGGUCCAACACUCAAGACUUAAUCUUGGAUGGGGAGAAAUCCUAUGACCCAAACUUGGAUGAUGGUGAACAGACUCCGUUGUUUUACCAGUGGUCUUGUACGUUCUCCUCCAAGAGCUCGGCUGCAGGGUGCUCUCUGAAUUUCAGUGCCAAGGGAGGAAAUGUCACAAUUCCCAAAGCUGUAUUAGAAGCAGAUGUGGAGUAUACUUUCAACCUCACUGUCUGGAAGGAGGGUAUGAAUCCCGAGGCAACAAAUCAAACCGUAUUUAUCAAGAGGGGAGGAGUCCCGAUUGUAUCCCUGGAGUGUGUUUCCUGCAAAGCUCAGUCUGUCUACGAAGUCAGCAAAAGCUCCUAUGUCUAUCUGGAGGGGACCUGCCAGAACUGUCACAAUGACUCCAAGAUUGGGAGGUGGGCAGCACACAGCUUUAAAAACAAGUCUCUCAUCCUGGACAAAAAAACUACCUCCACCGGUGAUACGGGGAUGAACCUGGUCUUGAGGCAAGGAGCACUGAAGGAUGGGGAGGGCUAUACUUUUACCCUUCACAUCACAGACCUCACAACAGGGGAGGAAGGGUUUGCUUCCAUUGACCUGCUCCCCAACCAGCCGCCCAUCAAUGGAUCCUGCCGGCUGUCUCCCAGAGGACCGCUCAGGGCACUGAUGGCAAAGGUGCACUUCGAGUGUACAGGCUGGCGGGACACGGAGAGUGCAGAGGACCCACUGGUGUACAUCCUCCUGGCGUCUCGCCACCGCGCCGGGCACUACCAUGAGUUCUGUGUGUACAAGGGCAGCCGUGCUGAGCACAGCGCCUUCCUGCCUCCGGGCUUUCACGAGAGUGGCUUCGUGGUGUCUGUCUCAGUCCUCGUUCAGGACCAACUGGGAGCGACCGUGGUGGCCAUUAACCAAUCCAUGGAAAUUGGCUUACCUGAGGGGUUCCCCAGCCUCUCUUACUGGCUCUACAAUCAAACGGACACAGUGCUCCAGGGCUUAGUGAAACAGGGGGACCCUCAACAGGUCAUCGAGUACUCUCUGGCACUCAUCACCAUCUUGAAUGAGUAUGAGCGGUCAAUGCUUCUGGAACCUGAGACUGGGAAUGAAUUUGAACUCCGGACUUGGACUCGCAACAAUAUCACAGAAACCCUGAACUCACUGAAUGUGAACACAGUUGAUGAUAUCCAGCAGAUCUCAGCAGCGCUGGCUCAGUGCACGGUGAUAAGCAAGGAGCUGGUUUGCAAGUCCUGCCUGACAAGGACCUUGAACAAACUGGAGAGCAUGAUGACCAUUCUGCAAGGAGAAAUGACCCAGGGCACCGUGACACCAACUGGCAUUGCUGACAACAUCCUCAACAUCACAGGCGAUUUAAUUCACCUUGUCAAUACUGUUUCACAAGAAUCCAAGCCCCAGGAACUGCUUGCAGAUUCCCACAAUUUGCUGUUAGCUCCCAAAGCCUACAACCUGUCUUCCAGCCUGAUGCGCAUCCUCAUGAAGUCUCGAGUGCUGAAUGAGGAGCCCCUUGAGCUGGUGGGAGGAGAAAUUAAGGCCACGGGCAAAAGGUCCGAUCCCUUCAACUUGCUUUGCUAUGAAAACAUGCCAAACUGCCAGUUCUCCAUCCCCCAGGCUUUCAACACCACCCUUUCCAACCUGACGGAUGUCAUUCAAGUCAUGUUCCAAGUGGAUUCCAAUCCUUUCCCGUUUGGUUACAUCAGCAACUACACUGUGUCCACAAAGGUGGCUUCCAUGGAGUUUCAAACACACAAUGGAGUGCAGAUCCCCAUUGGCAGCCUGGACUCGGAGAGAGCCAUCACUGUAAUGGUGUCAAAUAAUACAGAUGCCGACAAUCUGUCUGCUGGCACUGAAGUCAUCGAGGCAAGAACAUCUGUGAACCUGAUUGUGACUAUGGAGAACAACAUUCGAGAAGCAGGACUGCACUUCCGACUCACUUACAAAGUCUUGAAUGAUCGCUACGUUGCAAGUGAGCCUGAGCCAUUCAUCAUGGCCUAUCUCCACCAUGAACCAGAGCCCAAUGAGCACAACUGCACUGCCUCAAAGAAAAUCAGCCUGGAGGCCCUAUCUGGAAGUGACCACAAGCUCUACACUUUCUUCACUUCACCACUAACUGAUGACACCAUCCAGAAGUAUUACUUCAACAUCACGAACCAUUUCAGCUGGUCCCCGGUGGAGGUGACACUGGGGUUGUACACCUCCCUGUGCCAGUACUUCAGCGAGCAGGAGAAACGGUGGAAGACAGAAGGCAUCAUCCCCCUGGAGGAGACCAGGCCAGACCAGGCUGUGUGCUUAACCCAGCACCUCACUGCCUUUGGGGCCAGUCUGUUUGUCCCACCCAACUCGGUCCAGUUCAUCUUUCCUGCUCCAGGCUCAGGUCUCAAUUACAUCGUUCUGCUGACGUGUGCUGUCUGCUUUGUGACCUACUCAGUGGCUGCACUGAUUGUACACAAGCUGGACAUGAUUGACAUUAACCGAGUUGGGGUGAUUCCCUUCUGCGGGAAGAAUGGGCUGUACAAAUACGAGAUCCUGGUGAAAACUGGCUGGGGCAGAGGAUCAGGCACCACGGCACAUGUGGGGAUCGCGCUGUACGGUGUAGACAAUAAAAGUGGUCACAGACACCUGGAUGGAGAAAAUGCAUUCCACCGCAACAGCCUCGAUGUGUUUCAGAUCGCAACAGAGCGGAAUCUGGGCAGCAUCUGGCGCAUCCGCAUUUGGCAUGACAAUAAAGGACUCAGCCCUUCCUGGUACCUGCAGCACGUCAUUGUCCGGGACCUGCAGAGCAGCAAGAGCUACUUCUUCCUGGUGAACGACUGGCUGUCGGUGGAGAGUGAAGAGAAUGAUGGCAUGGUGGAGAAGGAGGUUUAUGCUGCCAGUGAGACAGAGCUGAGGAGCUUCUCCCGGAUCUUCAUAGCGGAGUUGCAGAGAGGUUUCUUUGAGAAGCAUGUCUGGCUGUCCAUGUGGGACCGCCCGCCUCGCAGCCGCUUCACCCGCGUCCAGAGAGCCACCUGCUGCUCUCUGCUCAUCUUCCUCUUCCUCUGUGCCAAUGCUGUGUGGUACGGCGUGGUGGGGAACGUACACCUCAGCAGUGGGGCUGUUUCCAACCUGAUUCCUGUUAAUGUGGACACAGUGGCUGUUGGUCUGGUGUCCAGCGUGGUGGUCUACCCUCUCUACUUGGUCAUUCUAUUUCUCUUCAGGAUGGCUCGUGCCAAGGUCUCCAUCAACCACACCGUGGCUCACUCAGACCAGCAGUCCUUGGAGAUUGACAACUACCUGGACUCCUCAGUCCUCGACAGCUCCUUCCCCACCUUCCCUGGGCUCCGGGCAGAGGCCUUCUCCGAGCAAACCAAAACAGAUCUGUUCUUGGAGGACUCCAAAAGCCUCGUGCGGUGGCCCUCCAGCGAGGCCCUACUCAGCUGGCCAGAUCUCCUCAGUGACCCCUCCAUCAUGGGCAACACCAUUCAGAAGCUGAAGCGAGGCCGGGCCAGCCGUCACCUUGGACUCGAGCCCCCUCUAGCAGCUGAGGAGGACAGCUUGUCACUUGGUGUUCAUCAGGGACAGCCCAGAUAUUUCUCUGCCUCAGAUGAGGAUCUGAUAAGGCAGAUACUGGCAGAUGGAGCUAGUGGCAUCUCGCACUCCCAGGACCUAGGACCGUACAUGAGGGCUGAAACAGAUCUGAUCUCAGGCCUCUCCAGUGUGUUUGGGGAGAAGGUGGAGACGGUCAUGAUGCAGAAGCUGAAUGACAAAGGCCAGAGCAUGGCAGCCCCUCCCAGGGAAGUGAGCAGAUCAGCUAAGUCGACAUGGACAGUUGCAGACCAAACAUUCAGGAAGCGCUUGCUGCCAUCCUGGUGCUCCUAUCUGGCUCAUGGUAUCAGUUUCUUCCUCUUUGCCACCUCCACGGGGGUCUCCGUGUGGAUCGGGGUGGGCUUUUCCUCCAGCGUUGCCCUCAUGUGGCUUAUCUCAGGGAUAUUCAGCUUUCUGGCAUCCUUCUUGGUCUGGGAGCCCCUGAAGGUCCUGCUGGAAGCUCUCUAUUUCUCACUGGUUGCCAAGCGCUUGCACCCAGAGGAGGAUGAUACCUUGGUGGAGCAUCCAUUUGUUGAGCAUGUUUCUGAGAAGAUCAGCAAAGUUCGACCCCCACAGGGGUUUGCCCUUUUCCAGGCCAAGGAGGAGGCAAGGAAGGUCAAACUGCUGCACAGGAUGCUGAAGAAUUUCCUCAUCUACAUGAUGUUCUUGCUGGUGAUCCUGCUCACCAACUAUGGAGAUGCCACCCGCAACAGCAGGGCCUUCCUUCUGCAGAGCUCCAUCAAGCAGCAACUGGGUAGCAGUGAAUUCCUCCGCAUCAAGAGAUCAGAUCAGUUUUGGGUCUGGAUGUCGCAGGUGUUCCUUCCUUACCUCUACAACAACCAGUCGGGUCAGGAGAGCUACAGCACCACACUGGGGGUGGCCCGGCUGCGCCAGCUCCGGCUGCAGGAAGCUGAGUGCCAGCUCACUGCCCAGGAUGUCCUCCACGGGCUGGGCACAGUUGCUAGGAAGAACUGCAUCGACUCACACAGCUUCUCUACUGCUGACUAUGCAGCUGGGUGGGAACAGGCAACUGUGAACGUGACAACUGCGUGGUCCUAUUCACCACCUGACCUCACAGGGGUCUGGUACUGGGGUUACAUCUCUUUCUACGAUAGCGGUGGUUAUAUCCAGGAACUGGGGACUUCACUGGAGGAAGGCAGGGCUCAGCUAAAUUACCUUCAGCAGCACACCUGGAUUGACAACAUGAGCCGGGUCAUCUUUGUGGAGCUGAUGCAGUACAACCCCAGCGUGGACCUUCAUGCUGCCAUCACCCUCCAGCUGGAGUUCCUGGGUGCAGGCCAGGCUGUCACCACUGUCACCAUCAGCCCCUUCCCACUGCUGCGACUCAGCAGUGGUGUCACACUGCAGCUUCUCAUGAUGGUCUUUCUCAUGAUGUUUGUGGUCUACUUUGUGGUGUCUGAGUCACUUUCCAUCAAGAAAGAAGGCAGGGCCUACUUCACCCUGUGGGGCAACUAUGGCCAGUGGGUCUUCAUCCUCCUCACCACCUGCACAGUGGUGGUGCACCUCAGCCAAGCCACCCUGGCUGACCAGCAAUGGCUCAAGUACCUCAACAACCGCAAGGUCUUCACCAACUUCUACCAGGUGGCCUUUCUCAACACAGUCUUCAGCACCUUGGCUGCCUCCCUCCUCUUCCUCCUGAUCGUGCAGGCUGCCCAGCAGCUGCGCUUUGUCAGGCAGUGGUCCGUGUUCGGGAAGACUUUUCAGAAGUCCUUGAAGGAGCUGACUGCAGCAGGGCUGGCUUUUGCGGUCCUCAUCCUGGCAUACGCACAGCUUGGCUUCCUGCUUUUCUCCUCUUCCUCGGAGUCCUUCCGCAGCGUUGGCAGCAGCCUUCUGCUGCUCAUUGCUAUGGUGCGGGGCAGCGUGAGCCUCUACCCCUGCCCGACUGACUCCUCUGGCCUCUACUACCUGUUCUGCACCAGCUAUAUCAUCCUGGAGGUGUGGAUCAUGCUGAGGCUGUUCACCGUGGUGCUUGUCUACAGCUACCGGGAGAUGCACUUUGAGCUGUACCGCCCUGCCUUCGAGCCCCAGGACUAUGAGAUGGUGGAGCUCUUUGUGCGCAGGCUGAAAAUGUGGAUGGGCUUCAGCAAAGCCAAGGAGUUCCGCCACAAGGUGAGGUUUGAAGGCAUGGAACCACUUCCAUCCCGGGACUCCAGUGACUCCAAAUCCAUCCGGGGCCCCACUCCCAGCGCUGCCUCUGACAGCUCCAGGGCCUCCACCUCCUCCAGCCAGCUGGAUGGGCUGAGCCUCGUGCUGAGCACCCGGGACAGCUUGGAAGUGGACGCCGACCUCCAGCGGCUCCUUUCCCUCUUCGAGAUGCUGCUAGCCCAAUUUGAUCGGGUCAACCAGGUGACAGAGGAUGUGUACCGCAUCGAGCACCAGCUGCAGGGCUCCCAGAGCCGCCGCUCCAAGAGGAGGCACUCUCUGGUGCCAGAGGAUGUCUUGAGCAGGUACUGUGCGGGCAGUACAGAGCGGGGGCCCUCACCAGAGACCUCCUCCACCACGGACUCGCAGCUCCCACUGUCCCCCCACUCUCCUGGCAGCAGGAGCUCUGUGCCCAGCCGCCUCAUCCGUGCCAGCAGAGGCAUCAGCGUGGCGGCUUCUGCGCUCCCCCCGCACAAAGCACACUCCGCUCUGGCUCCGGCCGUGAAGAAGAAGCGGCCUCUCCGAGCCAAGAAUAGGGUCCACCCCACUGUCAAGUAGCUGUGCUGGGGGCGUCGUGGGAAGCAGUGCCCCUCGGAGGGCAGAGAGAGCCUCGGAAGAGGUUUGUGAAGGCGGGCUGUGCCUGCCAGGCAGGCCUGGAGCCUGGCGAGCUGCUGCCGAUGUAUGGGGCUGCUGCCUGCAGCGGGGCUGGUGCAGCCCCAGCCUCCAUGCUGUGCCCGUUUCCUCACCAGUGGUUUCCAGUACUGAGGGUUCACUGGGAGAGGCUGAGCCUUCCCUCAUGGACAGCCGGGGAAGGCUGCGCAGGCUGGGGUCAGAAAAUACCGGUUACAGUAAGGCAGUAUUAAAAAGUUGUCUCUCUUUUGUUAAAUGGCCCCGUCUGCAAAUGGACCGCGCGAGGCGGCUGUCACAAGGACACUUUAUUGGGGACUGAUGUAGGGUGAGUGGGCCAAGGCUGUCUCCCCUUCCUGCUGGCUGUGCCAGAGGAAAGGGGGAGAGCUGAGCCCUGGCCUUGAAGGUCUGACCUUGGAUUUUGCAGACCAGACACACUGUGGAGGAAAGCUACAGGUUUCAAGAAGAUAUUUA